AUGGUUUCCUAUAUAUAUAUAUAUACGCCAAUCCAAAGUCACAACCAACUUAUCCUCAAUGACUCUGUAGUUAAGUUACGGAGUCUUUGCUCGAACACAAAGGAAGCAAUAGGGUACUACGACUAUUGCAUUUUGAAAUACUCCAACCAAACUAUAUUGCAACAAACUGGAUUCAGGUUUUACGUGAGUUUAGCUAAUACCCAAAACUCUAGUGAUAUUACUCGGUUCAAUGAUGCUCUUAGACCUUUACUAGCUGGCUUGAGACGGAAGGCUGCGGAUGGUGGUUCGCUUCUGAAAUUUGCCAGUGGGAACGUUAGUGGACCGGAUUUUUCGAAUAUCUAUGCGCUUGUUCAAUGUACUCCUGACUUGUCUGACGUUGAUUGUGAUUCUUGCUUAGAAGAUUCAAUCAACAGGAUCCCACAGUUUAUGAAUGGAAGAGUUGGUGGGAGAAUUCUUAAACCUAUGUGUAAUUUUAGGUAUGAGAACUAUCGGUUUUUUAAUGGGAGUGCUUUAGUCAUCCCGUCACCACUACCACCACCAGUUUCACAACCAUCUCCGUCGUCACCGCUACCAGGAAAUAACAAUGAUACAACACGAGUGGUCAUAAUCAUAGUGACUAUUGUGGUAGUCACGGCUGUCAUAAUAAUUGCUUUACUCUGUAUUUUUAUGAGAUUGAGGAGGAGGAAGAAGCCAACUCCCCAGCCUCUACCAAAUGAAAGUAUUCAAAGUGAAAGCAUUGAUAUUGGCACUGCUGAAUCUUUACAAUUCCCUUUUGGUACAAUUAAAGAAGCAACACACGAUUUUUCUGAAGAGAAUAAGCUUGGACGAGGUGGAUUUGGAGCCGUUUACAAGGGUACUCUAAGAGAUGGACAGGAUAUAGCAGUAAAGAGACUAGCAAGGGAUUCUGGUCAAGGAGAUGUGGAAUUCAAGAAUGAGGUUUUGCUAGUUGCGAAGCUUCAGCAUCGUAAUUUGGUUAGGCUACUUGGCUUCAGCAUAGAAGGAAGCGAACGACUUCUCAUCUACGAGUUCUUGCCAAAUGCCAGUCUUGAUCAAUUUAUAUUUGAUCCAACUAAACGUAAACUUCUUGAUUGGGAUAGACGAUACAACAUCAUUAAAGGGAUUGCUAAAGGGCUAUUAUACCUUCACGAAGAUUCUCGUUUAAAGAUAUUUCAUCGUGAUAUGAAAGCUAGUAAUGUUUUGCUAGAUUCCGAAAUGAACCCUAAAAUUGCAGACUUUGGCAUGGCAAGAUUGUUUAAGCCAGAGGAAACUCAAGGUGAUACGAGUCGGAUUGUUGGAACCUACGGGUAUAUGGCACCAGAAUAUGCUAUGCACGGCCAAUUCUCAGUAAAAUCAGAUGUGUUUAGCUUUGGAGUGUUAGUACUAGAGUUGGUAUCCGGUCAAAAAAACCAAUGUUUUCAGAGUGGAGAAUGCACUGAAGACCUUCUUAGCUUUGCAUGGAAAAGCUGGAAGAAUGGGACGACUUCAGAUAUGAUCGAUCCCAUAUUGAAAACUGGAACGGGUUCAUUGCGUGACAUCAUUAGAAGUAUUCACAUUGGGUUGUUAUGCGUUCAAGAAAAUGUUAGUAACAGACCAACCAUGGCUUCGGUUAUUCUAAUGCUUAAUAGCUUCUCUAUCACACUUCCGAUGCCAGCCGCACCUGCGUUUUUCAUGCAUAGUAACAUUGAUCCUGAAAUGCCACCCCUCCGGGAAUAUAGUUCUUCAACGGAGAGCAGUGGUUUAGAAAAAUCUAAUAUAUCAAAAUCAAGAUCAAGGUCAUCACAAUUAUCCGUAAAUGAUGUUUCAAUAUCCGAUUUUGUUCCUAGAUAAGUAUUGUGCAUAUGACAUAUGUUUUGGUAUACUCCAAUCUUUGAGCUAGUAUUCGUUAAGAACUUGGAUUUAAUUCUACAACUCAAUGUUGCUUGGUAAUUUGAAAUUAAGAUACACAUUUGCUCGUA